AUGUUUGCCAUAGCUUCCCCAUCAUCAUCUUCUUCUUCCAAGAAAUAUGAUGUGUUUCUGAGUUUCAGAGGAGAGGACACUCGCAGAUCCUUCACCAGCCAUCUCCAUACUGCCUUGUGCCUCAGAGAUAUUGAGACAUACAUUGAUUAUGAGCUCCCAAAGGGCGAUGACAUCUCCCAAUCACUCAUUGAAGCAAUUCAUGAUUCAUCCAUCUCUGUGGUGGUUUUAUCUAAAAACUAUGCCACUUCAAAAUGGUGUUUGAAUGAGCUCCUUGAGAUCCUUCGCUGCAAACAACAUCAGGCACAGAUUGUUGUUCCUAUCUUCUACAAAAUUGACCCAUCUAAUGUACGCAGACAAAAGGCAACUUAUGAGAAAGCAUUCGCAGAACAUUUGGAGAAAAACUCAGAGAAGGUGGAGGAGUGGAGACAAGCACUUUUUGAGAUUGCAAAUCUAGCAGGAUGGGACUCCUGCAAGUAUAGGCAUGAAGCAGAACUCAUUCAAAAUAUUGUCACGGACAUCAACAAAAAACUAAACCGUGGGUCCCCAACAACUGUAUUAGAAAAUAUUAUUGGAAUUGAUGAGAAUUUAGAUCAUAUUGAGUGGUUGUUAGAAGAAUCCUCAACAAUUGGGAUUUGGGGGAUGGGCGGGAUAGGCAAAACAACAAUGGCUAAGGUUGUGUUUGCCAAGCUCCGCUCUCAAUUUGAUAGUUGCUGCUUCUUGAAAAAUUUUACAGAAAAGUACAAAAAGCAUGGGUUAGAAUAUGUACGUGACGAACUUUUCCGAGAACUAUCAAAGGAUACAUCUCUUGGGAGGCUCAAUCGUAGAAAAGUUUUGAUUGUACUUGAUGAUGUUAGCAAGACAAAGCAGUUAGAGGAGUUGAAGAGUGAAGUUCCUCAUUUCGGACCUGGUAGUAAAAUCAUCAUAACAAGUAGAGAUAAGCAUGUGCUUAUUGUUGGAAGAGUUGAUAAAAUACAUGAGGCCAAGGCAUUGAGCGACAACAAUUCACUUGAGCUUUUCAACCUCAAAGCCUUCCACAAAGAUGGUUAUGAAAGUGAAUACGAACAACCAAUUAAAAGAGCACUUGCUUAUCCCAAAGGCAUCCCACUGGCCUUAACCGUUUUGGGUUCGCUUUUGCAUUCCAGACCUGCAAAUCAAUGGGAAGAUGAGUUGAGUAAAUUAGAAAGGAGGGCCAAUGAAGAUAUUCAAGAUGUGUUAAAAUUGAGCUAUGAUGGACUCGAUGACGAAGUGAAGGAGAUAUUUUUAGACAUUGCUUUUUUUUUUAAAGGUAGAUCUGGACAAUAUGUAGAAGCAAUGCUAAAGAGCUUUGGCUUUCACGCAAGCAUUGGUUUGGGAAUUCUUGUGGAUAGGGCGUUGAUAAGUCUUAGUCAUGAUGCGGUAUGGAUGCAUGAUUUAAUUCAAUCAAUGGCCUUCGAAAUUGUUCGCAAAGAGUGCAAGAAUCCAGGAGGACGUAGUCGACUACGGAAUUCUGAUGAGAUCAUCGACGUCCUAAAAAAUAAUCGAGGAAGUGAUGCAAUUCAAGGCAUAAGUUUAGAUUUGUCUCAAAUUAAGGAAUUACAAUUCUGUGCUGAUGCCUUUGGAAAGAUGACAAAUUUAAGGUUUUUGGAACUCUAUUCAUCCAACCAUGGGAGGACAAAUUUAACCCCUUUGGAACUCUAUUCAUCCAACCAUGGGAGGUCGUGUAUUGUGAAUCUUCCUCCAACGUUUGAAUCAUUUCCUAAUUUAUUACGGUAUCUUCGAUGGGACAAUUUUCCUUUAAAGUCUUUACCAUUGUCAUUCUGUGCCGAGAAGCUAGUUCAACUUCACAUGCCUAACAGCAGCCUUCAAAAACUAUGGGAUGGCAAGCAGGACUUGGUGAAUUUAAGGGAGAUAAACCUUCGGGAAUCCAAAAAAUUGAUAGAGUUGCCAGAUUUGUCAACAGCUAAAACACUUGAACGGGUUGAUCUUGGACGCUGUAAAAGUUUAUGCCAUCUUCAUCCAUCCAUUUUAUCUCUUUCGAGAUUGAAGUAUGUGGAUCUUGAGCUUUGCCAAAACCUAAAGAGUUUGAAAACAGAGAGUCAAUCAAAAUCGCUCUUGAAACUACAGGUGGCUGGUUGCUAUGGUCUCAAGGAAUUUUCAUUCUCUUCGGACAAACUUACUUAUUUAGAUUUAUGGACCUCAACAGUCGAGAAUAUAGACUUUUCAAUGGGGCAUAUGGAGAACCUUCGGCGUCUCUCUCUUAAUGGUUUGAAACUAAAGAAUCUUCCAACUAACGACAUUUGUUGCAUGAGAUCUCUUAACCACCUUCGUCUUGAACGUUGCACGGGAAUGAUUGACAAAUCAAAGCUCCAUAGCUUAUUUGAUGCUUUGCGAUAUCUGGUAUCACUUUCUUUGAGAGAGUCAUUCACAUUAACGGAACUUCCAGACAAUAUCAAGCAUCUCUCGAGGCUACACUCUCUUGAUGUAAGCGGUUGCAGACACCUUCAAUCUUUACCAGAGCUUCCUCCAUCCAUUGAAGAAUUAUAUGCCACCAGCUGCACAUCAUUAAAGACGCUACAAUUCCUUCGAUCUCCAUUGUUGGCAGAUGAAAAAAUGUUGGGUCCAGCAUUCCGUUCCUCAGCUAGUUAUCUCCAAAAUCUUCGAGUUCUUUUUCUUUGUGGUUAUGAACAGUUGUGUGAACUCCCUGAAAGCAUUGGCUCCUUAUCUUCAUUGUCUUCACUGGAUUUGAGUCGAAGUAUUGUAGCGAGCUUGCCUGCUAGUAUCAAGUAUCUCUCAAAUCUAGUAAAAAUACGCUUGACCAAUUGUACAAGACUUCGUUCUCUGCCAGAACUGCCGCCAUCCAUAGAAACCGUCGUCGCUCGUGGUUGCAUAUCAUUGGAGAUUGUACCCAUUUCAAUACCUUUUGCACCACAAUUGAAGUUGCUACAUCUGAGAGAGUGCUUGAAAUUGGAGAACUGCUUUCUGUCUCAUGUGGCAGAAAGUACUUAUUUCUCAUUGAAGCGAUUGGCGUACACAAACCAAGGCGGUGCUGUCUGUUACCCUGGAAUAAAAGUUCCAAAGUGGUUUGGAUCUAAUGGGAGAACAGAGGCUUCCAACUGUAUAACUAUUGAGUCUCCUUCAGCCAUAAAUGACCUGAUCGGCUUCAUCUUUUGCUGUAUUCUUUCUCGACAUUCCUAUAACGUUGGCGUGCAAUUGCAAAUUUAUUAUGAUGGUAAGCGGUGCGACAACUCAGAGUUUGAUUCUUGUGCACGUGAAAUUUUGGACUUUUGUGGUGGUGAAAAUUCGGAAUCACGUCAUGUUUUUUGGUGGUGUGAUCCUCGCCGAUUCAUAAAGUUCCACAAAGCAACGGACAACCAAAAUGCCAAUUACAGGCCAAAGGUGUCAUUUGAAUUCUCUGUUGCCAACUUUGAAGAGGAGCUUGUUGAUUGUGUGAUUGAAGCAUGUGGAGUCUGUCCAAUAUAUGCCUCGAAAUAUCACGACUUCAUUCAACAAAUGGGACGGGAGCCAAACUUGGGUACCCAAAAAGAGUCCUGUCACUAUGCUGAUGAGAAUUCAUUUCAUGAAAUGCUCCAAUAUGUUAGAUUCUCAUUAAAGCAAGGGGAAUGUGGCAAUUUUGAAGGAAGUACUAUUCCAGAGUGGUUUACUUACAAAAGUUCAAUGACAGAGCAUAGUAUUCGGAGUGUGAGUGUUCAGGUUGCUCCAGAUUUUAAAAACUUAAUAGGUUUCAUUUUCUGCUUUGUCAUACCUCACUUCUCCUCAAAAGAAAGGGAUCAAUAUCACUCAUCAUGUGGAUGCAAUUGUUUUGACGGGGAAGAAUUUCGCUUCUCUUUGCAAGGUCCAACAGGAUGGCACUAUUCAAUGGAAAAAUUGAAUUCAUAUGCUAAUGUGUUUCUAUGGUAUGAUCCCCUCUAUUGUGAACACAUACUACACAAACUGCGAACAAAGGGAAAAGGUUAUAAUGAGGAGCUUGAAUUUAAAUUUGAGUUUGGUGAAGGCGAGAUCCAUGAAUGGGGGCUUUAUAUUCGUGAUUGCUUGUUCAAAGAAUGUGGAGUACGGCCUAUAUAUGUCUCAGAGUAUACAAACUUCCUGCAACAAAAGAAAGUGGAGUUUGACAUGUAUUUAGCUGACAGUAAAAACCGACAGAUGCUGCUGCUUAAUGGGAAAACGUAUUCAUACUGUUGUUGGACAUAA